GGCUGGUAUGGCUGGUAGGCCAUGGAAUACGCCAUUUUCCGCUUUGAGAAGAUGCCCAUGCAGAAUAGAUAUGACGAGGAGGGGAACCCGCAGGUGUCUACCUGGGAUCGAGCCAUUCGAACUCGGGUUCCCGGCAUGUCUCCGGCGGAGACAGCUCGCCAGAUACAACAUCUGAAUAGGUACACGCGUGCUCUUGCUGAUAAGUUGAAGUCGGUGAGUCCGGUACUUCAGCGCCAGAUUGAUGCAGCACAGGAGUAUCUCAGCAUGCACAAUAAUCCCGACCCGAUAAAUUAUUCUUGGGUCCUUGUCCAAUUGGAUCACCAACUUCGAGAGAUUCAUUCUUAUGGUGCUGCGGCAGGAGUAAAUCCUUCGCAGCGUCAUAGGCACCAUGGUCUAGCCAGAAGGCGAUCCCAUUCCCAAACAAGUGGAAGUAGGGGAACAUCUUAUCAACGGAUUUCGCUCACGGCUUAUUUUAAGCGGAUACCUAAACCGAAUGUCGACAUUACCACGCUUUACGAAGCUAAGAAGAGAACAACAUCCUUCCCUCAAAACCACCAAGCAGCCCACUCACAGCAGCAGCAGCCGCAUCACCACCAAAACCCAGCUCAUGGCCCAGAUCCACCAACAAUACCACAAGGCGCUACGUCUUUGGGAGGUGGUGUAUCGCUUGGGAUAAACGGAAAUCGUGGCUCGCCGUCCAUGGCAACACGCCCCAAUAAUAUUGGGAUGCAGGGUGAUAAGCCCACCAACAAUGGUGCAGUAGGCAAUAGGGGACAUGGCCAAGGGUUUACCAGGAAGCAUGGCGAUUUCGAAAGCGAUUCGGAUUACUCCGAUUAUUCGCCAUCUGAUGGAUCCUCUUUCGGCAGCCCGAUGACUCCUGACACUUCGCGGUCGUCUGAAUCAUUUAACUACGAUAAAAACCGUAAACAUGAUCAAAGUAAUGGCCGGGUACCGACUCGGAAUAUAAGUAGAAGACGUGACGAGAAUGGAACGGGUCGGGGUCCUUCUAAAGGUCGCCAGUCUUUCAACGCUCAGGACGGCUCUAGGAUGCCUCCGCCGCCGCCACCUACUGCGUCUUCUUUCGAUAUCAACAGAGUAAGAGACGAUGCCUUUCUAGCGGGGAUGCGCCAUGGGAGGGGUGACAUGCAACAUGCUCAGCAACGUGCGUUCCGCGAGGCGCAACGCUCACGACUUAACCCGCGUAUUGUUAUGGGGGCGAGGUCGCCGCAGUCCCCAUAUCCUAGGCGUAUGGCCAGCUCCGAGCACGACGGGCCUUACCAUUGGGGGGAGCUCGACGAUGAGAUAUCUCGGUUUAAUCGCCUAUCGCUUGACGACGAGGAGUAUGGAUAUGAUACUGUACUGAGAAGAGCGGACGCCCGUCGAAGGAGAGAGUUUGAAUAUCACCAACAGCGUGGAUCAGUCUUGAAUGAUGAUCCAUUCGAUGAUCACAACGGGCAUCCUCACCCGCGACACAGAAGCAGACGGUAUCGGGAACCUUACAUCUCGGAUGGCUCUGAUAGCGAUAUUAGUCUAUCGCCAAGAGGUUAUAAGCGAUUCUAUUAUUGACGAGUCGCUUGAUUUGAUUGAGGUGGAUUCGUAUGAUAUUCAUCUGUUAUAUGUCUUUUGUCGAUAUAGGUAUGUUAGGUUGUAUUUGCUGGAGGUUUCUGUAGGUAUGUGAACACCGGUAGGCUAUAAUGUGUGUAUUAUUAUCUUAUAUGAAGGAGUAAUGUUGGAUAUAUCAGUAUUGUUGUUUUUGUUAGGAAGGGAAGCUUAAAGCAUGUGAAUUUGGGGUUUAAGGAUGCUGGAUUACGGCGUUGGGGAUGCGGAUGCGGGAAGUAUAUGGUACCUGACGUAAACGUGCAGUGGCCGUCUUGGUUACACGUAUAAAGUACUCCGAAGUAUAUUAUAUUAUAUGUAGGUGCAGGUGCGGAUGAGGGAUGAGUGAUUUCGUGGUGACGCUACUGCGGGGCUCUUAGAAGCUUUUCGAGAGACCCGAGUGGAUGGAGGGGCAUAUUUUAAGCUGCAAGUGUUCUCUAGAGUAUUUUUUUUUUGCGGUAGGACCCCGCCUAAGGUGGGCAGGUGGGCGGGUGCAUGGGUUUGGAUUUGUACCUAUGAGAGAUCCCCCCGUCGUCCGUUUUUGUUCCGUUUGACAUUGUUAAAGCUUCUCUUCCUCC